GCAACGCCAUUGAAGGAGUCUACGGUGAAGGAAAGAAGCUAACGUCGGCGCCGUCGUUAGUUGCCGGAGACGCGAUGAAGCUCGGAGUGUUUGUAUACAGAUUAUACAGAGCUUUAACCUACGGUGUCUCCCCGUUGAUUCACCUACACAUACGGUGGCGCAGACUCCGGGGAUUAGAGCAUUUCAGCCGUUGGCCCGAGCGGUUCGGUCAUCCCUCCGCCGUAAGACCACCGGGAUCGCUUAUCUGGUUUCACGCCGUCUCUUUAGGUUACAAUCUCUAUGACCUUCAAAUUUUAACUCAACGAAACAAAACUGUUCAACUCUUCAUUGCUCAUUGAAGCUAAUCUCCAAAUCGAGAAAUUAUGAUUUUUGGUUUGUUUGUUUUGAGUGACUCUCAGGUGAAGGAAUGGCUGCUAUUCCGGUGAUCAGACACUGCAAUGAAGUAAAGUCAGAUUUGACUAUCCUAAUGACGACGACGACAGUAUCUGCAUUUGAAGUAAUAAAGAAUCAGCUCCCUGUUGGUGUAUUACAUCAGUUUGCACCACUGGAUACACCUUUAGCUAUUGACAGAUUCCUUGGCCAUUGGAAACCGAAUGCGAUUAUCAUAAUGGAGAACGAACUCUGGCCUAAUCUUAUCAUGGCUGCUUCAGGACUUCUAAUUCCGUUGGGAUUGUUGAACGCUCGGAUGUCUACUAAAUCCUUUAAACGGUGGUCGAGUCCGCUCUUACUACCGCUGGUAUCGUUGUUGCUAUCUAAAUUCUCAUUGAUAGCCCCACUGAGCACCCUGCAGGGUAUACGUUUUCAGUUGCUGCAUGCGCCACCCUUUGUCAUAAAUUAUUCUGGUGACUUAAAAUACGUGGUAAACAAGUUCCAUGUAUCUAGUGGAACAUCUGAAAGUAUAAGAGAUCUAAAAGUAGAACUCGCAGAAAUGAAAGUCUGGAUUGCAUCUUCAUUACAUAGAGGCGAAGAAGAAGUCAUUUUAGGAGUUCACAACAUGCUUCUCGAAUCACAUCCGGACUCUGUUGUCAUAAUUGUGCCUCGACAUCCACAUCAUGGCCAACAGAUUGCUCAUAAACUGCGGAAAGAUGGCCAAAGUGUUGCUCUAAGGUCUCAAAACGAAAAGCUUACACCAAGGAAGACGAAUAUAUAUGUGGUGGAUACACUAGGUGAACUAAGGGAAUUGUACAGUGUCGCUCCAAUAGCCGUCAUUGGAGGCUCUUUCAUCCCGGGCUUAACUGGUCACAACUUGUCUGAAGCAGCUGCUGCUGGCUGCGCCGUUAUUACAGGUUGUCAUGUUGGGCAUUUCUCUCACAUGGUGAAGGCGAUGCAGCAGGCGAACCCCUUAUCGGUGACACAGGUCUCGACAAAACUAGAGCUCAAAGAAGCUGUCGACUUGCUCCUGAGUAACCCUGAGAUCUUGGAAACACAUCAGAGAGCUUCUAAAGACGUUUAUGAAUCUCUAUCAAGCUGCAUUAUCACUAACAUCUGGAAACUUCUCAAUCUUCAUAUCUUUAGAGGGAAAUCAAGAAAUCACAUUGAAUGCAAAUGAUGAAAUGGCUCGACAAGUCAAAAUUUAAUUAACAAAAACAAAACCUCUUCUAGGGUAUAUAAAUAUCUCUAUCUGCAAAAGUCAAAUAAAAACCAUGGAGAAUCACAAUAUAAGACCAUAUAUAGUGGAUAGACUCGAUACAAACUAUAGAGGGGACUAUUGAGCUAUUCUCUCUCAAACUGCAUCCUGCUUAAUUUCAUCAAGUGUGGAGGCUUUCCUUUUCUUU